AUGAAAGCCAAACACUCCGACUCUUUUGCCAUCAUUGGUGCAGGCCCUUCAGGGCUUUCAGCUAUUAAAGGGCUGCAUAAGGAACUAGGCCCCGACUUCGAUAAGGUUAAAAUUAAAGUUUUCGAUAGAAGAGACAAAAUAGGUGGUCUGUGGAACUAUAUCCCAAAUCCUGAUCCUAUCCCAACCCGAAAGGAGAUAGAAGAGGAGCGUGGAUUGAACGAACAGCUCCAAAAAUUAGAGAACAUCGCCGAGGGAGAGGAAGUCGUCACUGACCAAAGUAAGAAGCCUGUCGCCUACAAUACCUCUGGAAUCUAUAACUACCUACAGACCAAUCUGCCAUCCGUUGUGAUGCAGUUUUCGUACAACCCUUUGAAACCAGAGGACGUUAAAGAAACUUUAUUGAAGGAUAACUACCUUUUCAAAGGGUAUGAAGGAGAUUAUGAAAAGUACCCCUUUAGACAUUAUACAAGUGUUUAUCAGUAUAUUAGAGACACUUUUGACCAGUUUUUGGACAAAGUCCAACUCAACACUAACAUCGAGAGAGUUCAGAAGGACCCAGAAACUGGUAAAUGGAAAUUAACCAUUCGUCAAUUCAAGGAUGGUAAGGAUGUUUGGUCAAUUGAGUACUUUGACUCUGUCAUUGUAUGUGUUGGUCAGAACAACAUUCCCUACAUUCCUGCUAACAUCGAGGAUGCUGUAGAACAAAUCCGUGCCGAAAACCCAGACUUAAUUGAGCAUUCUCAGACAUUCCGUCGCAUUGAAGACUAUAAGGGAUUGAAACUAGUGGUGGUAGGUGCCAGUUACUCUGCUUGUGAUUUCAUCAGUGACGUUUACCCCAUCUGUCAAUUGCCUAUCAAUGUUGUGACGAGGGGUGGUGAAAUGAAGGAGUACCCAUUCCGCAAACCUAUUUACGAAGGAGACGAAAAGAAUAUCAACAUCACACAUGAAAUCACAACAUUGGAGAAGGAUAGUAACGGUAAGCUCCGAAUCACCACUAAAGAUGGUCAAAUACUUGAAGAUGUUGACAAGUUGAUUAUUGCUACUGGUUACAAACAUUACUUCCCGUUCCUGAAAGAAGAAGACGGACUGAACCUUAUCAACAAGAACGGCAGAGUUUCCCAAUUGUAUCAACACAUUUUUUACAUACCAGAUCCUUCUUUGACAUUCCUCAGUGUGGCUAAUGGUACUUACACAUUCACUGUAUUCGAGUACCAGUCAGCUUUGAUUGCCCGAUUCCUCACAGGUAAGGUAGAAUUACCAGAAAGAGAGGAACAAGAGGCUUGGAUUCAGAACAGAGUCAAUCUGAAGUCUGACACCACCUUUUUCCACAUGAUUCCAUACGAAGAGGCUGGUGAAUAUUUCCAGGACUUGGUCAGGCUGGCUGCUGAUCCUGAAUUGACUUUUGACAGCGACAAAAUCUACAACGCUACCAAAGCAGGCCAAGAACUCAAGUCGAAAUACUGGGCCCGUAACAAAGAGAUCAGAAAAUUGGGAACCAGUGCUUAA